CCAGCUGUCGUCAAGGCUCAAGCUGACCCGACUGCUUUCUCCUCCUUAAUCCCUCGGGUGCCGUUGCUUUCAAUUGAUCGACUGUGUCAACAUAAUUGCCAUCAAGAUGCGUUUCACCUCGUUCAUCACUCUCCUCCCUGCCCUGGCUCUGGCACAGGAGCAGGUGCCCCUCGCCGACCGCGUCCAGGGCUGGUUCAACAAGGCUAAGAACCUUGUUCCCACGGCUGUUCCAGUCGAUCCUAUCCAGAAGAUGGCCGAGAAGGUCUCGGAGAAGCGCGUCACCCCUGUGACCAUGCAGAACUGGCAGUCCAUCCUGGCUCCUGCCGAGGACGCUCAGGACUGGUACAUCUUCGUGACCGGUGGUAACAAGACUUGCUUCGGUCGCUGUGAUGUCGCCGAGAAGGCCUUCAAUGAAUCCGUCCUUCUCUUCUCUGCCGACCCGACUUCCCCCAACCUUGGUCUGCUGAACUGUGAGGAAGAGCGCGUUCUCUGCGCCACCUGGUCCGCCGGUGCCCCCUCCAUCUUCUACUUCGAACUGCCCCAGGCCCAGCCCGAGGGUCAAGAGCGUCUCCCCACUCCUCUCCACAUUGUCUACGUGAACACCACCACCGUCACCCCCGAGGAGCUGUACCAGGUUCACUCCAAGAAGACCUACGAGAAGGUCGAGGCCUACGAGGGUGCCAUGCACCCCACCGACGGCUGGCUCGCCCAGUACCAGCUGAACGUUCCCCUCGGCUACGCCAUCUGGGCGAUCGGUGCCAUCCCCAGCUGGACCUUCAUGAUUGCCAUCAGUUUCUUCAGCCGUACCGUCAUGGGCCGCCGUAUGGGUAACGUUGGCACGCAACCUCGUCGUCCUGCUCCCGCCGGAAGUGCGAACUAGAGGGUGUCACUUUUCUUUCUCAAUUAUACCAUGCUUCCUUACUUUUGGGUUGUAAAUAGUGGCUAUUGAUGGGUCCAAUGCAUUGGGUGAUCUUGUCCCCGUGUUUCCGCGGUUUGCUUUUGGUUUGUGGCUUUCUGGCUCUGGCUCC